UUCCCCUCUGUGAACAUGGAAAUAGGAAAUCGCACCAUCCUGACUGAGUUCAUCUUACUGGGUCUCUCUUCAGACCCCCAGUGGCAGCUGAUUUUAUUUGGAAUAUUCCUGGUGCUCUACUUGAUCACCUUGUCAGGGAACAUGACCCUAGUUAUCUUGAUCUGUGUCAAUUCCCGCCUGCACACACCUAUGUAUUUUUUCAUUGGCAAUCUGUCUUUUUUGGAUUUCUGGUACACAUCUGUGUAUACUCCCAAAAUCCUGGCCAAUUGUGUCUCAGAAGAUAAGCGCAUUUCCCUGGCUGGGUGUGGAGCCCAGUUGUUCUUUUCCUGUGUUGUGGCUUACACUGAGUGCCAUCUCCUAGCGGCCAUGGCCUAUGACCGCCACGCAGCCAUCUGUAACCCGCUACUCUACUCAAGCACUAUGUCCAGCUCUCUCUGUACCACACUCGUUGCUGGCUCCUACACAGGAGGCUUCUUGAAUGCCAUCGCCCAUGCCGCCAACACCUUUCGCCUGAGUUUCUGUGGCAAAAAUAUCAUCGACCACUUCUUCUGUGAUGCACCGCCAUUGGUGAAAAUGUCCUGUACAGAUACCCAGGUCUAUGAAAAGGUCCUCCUGGGAGUGGUGGGCUUCACUGUCCUCUCCAACAUUCUUGCCAUCCUGAUUUCCUAUUUCAACAUCCUCCUGGCUAUUCUGAGGAUCCGCACGGCCUCAGGAAGGCGCAAAGCCUUCUCCACCUGUGCGUCACACCUCAUCUCGGUCAUGCUCUUCUAUGGAUCCUUGCUCUUCAUGUAUUCAAGGCCAAGUUCCACCUACUCCCUGGGGAAGGACAAAGUGGCUGCCCUGUUCUACACUGUGGUCAACCCACUGCUCAACCCUCUCAUCUAUAGCCUGAGAAACAAAGAUGUCAAGGAGGCCUUCUGGAAAGCAACACAGAUCAGAAGUCGCCAGAGAUGA